AUGGCGACGUUUACCUCGCCUCCCCACAGUUCGCCGCACGGUACGCUGCACGUCCGGGAACAGUACGGGGUCGAAGACGGGGAUGGCGACGGAACUGGCACCAACCUCGCGGCACACGACUUCAAUGCCGAACAAGCACCGGAGCCGCCGACUAAACGGAGGCAGAUGAUGCUGCAAACCAUGGGCCAUCAAUUACGCGAGAUCGGCACUGAACGAGAUCAAGCUUCGACUCAGACGAUGGGACUGGUCUCUUCCAACGGUAACCGUAGCAGCAAACUUUUCAUGCGCAACGUCUACUCCGCCCUGGAUAAGCCAACACGUUGGACACGCCAGAGUAAGCUCCCCAUUCAGACACCAGAGUCAGACAGAGUCCCUGGCGACGAUGACGAUGACGAUGACGAUGAUGAGAAUGGCCAGCGGGUCUUGGGAUCUACUCGAGCAGAUACGAAAUAUCUCUGGCGGCAAAAUGAGCUCGAGGCUGCUGGGUCCCUUCCUAAUCCUUCUUUUGCCUUCGACGAUCUUAUUCGGUGGACACAAAACUACUUUGACAGCUGGCAUCCUGCAUAUCCCUUCGUCAAUGCUCCUGCCAUACUAGACUACUUCAGACGGAUCUCGGUUGCUGGGAGUUUAACAGCAGGAGCAAAUGACGAUCUUCGACUUAUUAUUCUCCGCGCCAUGAUCUCCAUAUCGAUCCUUGACGACCGCCAGACCUCUACUGCCAUGUCCCCUCCACCGGCAGCGUCAUUGGUCUUCUCGACGUACAACGAUGCGGUUGCAGCAGUUUCACAGACCCUUUUGCAGGAGGGUUCCUUACUUGUCCUGCAAGCGAUAAUGAGCGUGCAGCUGUUCCUGGUCAGCAUGCUGCGCUACAACGCCGCCAGUCGCGUUGGAGGCCUAGCUGUACGGAUUGCCUACCACUUGGGGCUCCAGCGCUGCCCAGUACAAUCCCACGGCGUCACUUUCGACGAUUCUGGAAUGCGGCAGCGGGUUUUCUGGUCUUUGUAUCUACUAGAUCGUCAGAUUUGUCCUCGUUUGGGGAUUCCACUUACUAUCAAUGAUGACCACGUCGACGUGUGCCUUCCAGGGUAUGAGAGGCAUCGACAUGCGAACGACGGUGGCUCUGGCGACCAUCGUGACACUCGUCUUGACUUUCUGGUCCUCCUUGCGCGCAACGCUGAGAUAAGAGGUUCCAUCAUGGACCUCCGCAACAGUGCCAACCCAAGAAAACCUGGGUCAUUGGAGCAGGCUACUGUCAUCAUUAAUACUUCGAUCACCAAAUGGUGGAACGACGUUGAAGAGUAUCUGGACCCAACCAUCCCCAAUAAAACCCCGCCAGGUAAGUCGACUCGUACAAUCUUAGUGGCCCUUAAGCAUGAAUCUGUCAUCGCUUUGAACCGGUCAGUUUUGGGAUCUUCCAACUCCAGUUCCGCGUACAAUGCGGCCCUUCAGAACUGUAUUGGAGCUGCCCGUGGCGUCAUCAACACACUUUUCGGUGCGCUCGAAGCCUCUCCUCCGUUGUUGUUCUGGCCUUCUUUUACUUGGGCAGUAUGGAUGAGCGCUUUUAUCAUGGUCUUUGCAGCAAAUGAAGGUCAAGUCUCAAAGGAUGUCGCCCUCCACUUCGUUGAUCGCUCUGCCGUGGUCUUGAAACAUUUGUCCCAACGCGGAAGUAGUUGGCCAGACGCCUGCUUGGUGGCGAUCAGAGGUCUCAAGAAGGAACUGAAGAAAGAUUCAGGCACUGUUGAUUUUAACGAAAGCGGAAGAGCACGGACUGAACAACCUCUGAAGCGUAAACGGAUGGCUGCCGAGCUCAGUGCUUCGCACGAUGGUGACGAUCACCGCCCUGGCGAUACCCAUCAAGUCAGAAGUCAGUCAACGAGAAGAGCGACCGAAGAAAGCGUCCAUCAAUCAUGGCCGAGCAAUACUGAAGCGGUAGACACGUCCACACAGACGCAACAACGCCAGUCACAGAACGUAGUCUUUCCGAUACCAGACUCAACGUGGCAUACAGCUACAUUGAGCCGGUCUAACCAACAACAAAACGCCAGAUCGAACCAGAGGGCAGUAGCCAUACCUACCGCUGGGCCCAACUUUGUCGCCUCGGCUCAGAUUGGCAGUUCGAGCAAUGCCUAUUUCAGCGCUGGUUACAGUCACGGGCACCAGGCGGGUACGUAUAUUCAUAAUCCCGGUGUCGACGCCACAUUUGGUGGUAUGCGAGAUUAUAGCACAACAGAUCUCUUUGAUGGCAGUGACAUUCCGUUCUGGCUGGGGGAUGAUCAACUGAUGGGAUUUGAUAUGGAUUACGAGGCUUGGGGAGAUGAAACAUCAGUAUGA